GAAGUCGUCAGAGAGAAUACCCAGAUCAAGUAAAUUACUAUAAUUUAAACCUUACAAGAGAGGUGAAUAGCGCGCAGCUGUGUUUCGUCAUAACGAAAUCAACUUGGUUUUUCACAACGAAGGCUGCGAUGUAGUUAGUAUAGUAAGAUUUAGUUAUCAUGGUCAGGUAAAGAGAGGUGCGCGUGUCUACACGCGAAGUUGGUCAGAGCAUUUUAUACAAGGAAUAUAACUACAAAGCAUUUUUAAGGUCAAUACAGUGGAGUGAUAAGUGAUAGUGUACAAAACUCGUAGUACGAGCAAGCGGGUAUGUGAGAUGACGCGAUAACUGUUAACAGCGGUGUGUUCAUGUAUUGUUUAUUUUCAAUAUUACGUCAUCGUGUUAAUGAAAACCAUCUUUGGAAUUUUAAGCACUGUACCGUUCUUUGAUUUAUUGUCGUGUCUUGAAAUCAGUUCGGUUCGCAGUUUAGUGUUAACAAGUGUCUGAAGAUGUUGAAAGCAUGCUGGGAUUGUUGGACAGGAAGCGGUGUGGAAAAUGGGCGUGGUGAUGGCGUCUAUGGCAAUGGCACUCAGUUGAAUGGCGGCAGCGAGAGCGUUCCCCUGCGGCCGGCGCGAUCGACAGAAAGAAACAUGUUUGUGAUACCGCGGGCGCUGAGCAACGGAGAUUCCUUGGAGGUCUCUUGCACUAUCAAUGAUCCUAACAGAUUCACUGCUAAUUUGUUGACGGGAUCACAAAGGCCAGACAAUAAUAAUAUUGCCUGUCAAAUAGACAGUGAUUUCCAGAGAAAUGAAAUAGCUGUCAGAGUGAUAGAAAAUGGUCAGCAAGCCAUACCAGAAUCUGAUCAGGUCAAAGGCCAAGCCAAUGGUAUGAUGUCAGGUUCCUCAGAUGUCUUAUUAGAAUUCAAAUUUGAAGGAGGCUACGGAAGAACUACUUUGGAAAUGUAUAUAAAUAGAUCAUUUUUAGAUGUCCUUGAAUUGAAACAUGAUGUUGAAAAAAUUACAUUUUUGGAGAUGUUAGGAGAUGUGAAGGUUACCGGACUAAAUUUUAAAUUUGCUUAAUAAUCUUGUACAUAAUAUUUAUGUAUAAAUAUUUUUAUUAGAUAAUAAAUAUUUAAUCAUCAACAAUUCACUAUUUCACGAUUUUGAACCCAUUUUAAAUAGUUAUCAAUACUUUUUGUAUACAUAUUUUUUGUUUAAACACUUCACAAUAGUAAGAUUAUAAUUAUAAUGCUUAAAGGUUGUGUCAAAAUCGAUAACUGGUAUUAUUUGUUGCACAUUCUGAACUAUUUGUUGUAAUAUUGAUCCCAUGGAUGCUUGUUGUAAUUAGUGAUGACGCAAUUGGUAUUAAUGUAUGUGAAAUUACUUAUUUAUAUUCAAGUACAAUAAUUUAAUACAUAGUUAUAAUCACGACUGUAUUAAUUAGGGUGAUUAUUUAUUAAAUGUCUUUAUUUGAUUUUGCUUUAUCUCUUAAGUAUUAUUCAUACAUUUGUAUUACAUUCUUACAUAAUAAAUUUAUUUAUUUAAACUUUA